AUGGUGAGGGGACGAGAUGUAAGCAGUUAUCGUAAUCGUCAUGAAAAGAUAUCACAAAAUGUAUUAGCUACUUGUAACUUUGAUUUGGAAUUCAUGUACGUUCUUAACGGGUGGGAGGGUUCAACUCAUGAUUCAAAGCUACUAAAUGAUGCUUUAUCAAGGAGGAAUGGACUUAAAGUGCCCCAAGGUCAUGGUAAUGACCCUCAAAAUGAAAAUGAAUUGUUCAAUCUUCGCCAUGCAUCAUUGAGGAAUGUGAUUGAGAGGAUAUUUGGCAUUUUUAAAUCACGAUUCACAAUUUUUAAGUCAGCGCCUCCAUUUCCAUUUAAGACACAAGCAGAGCUUGUGUUAGCAUGUGUAGCACUACACAACUUUCUUCGCAAAGAGUGUUGUUAUGAUGAAUUUCCAAUUGAACCAGUAGAGGAAUCUUCUUCAUCUUCAGUAUUACCAGUUAAUGAAGAAGAGAAUUGGAACUUAUUAUUCAAACCCAAGAGCAGCAACGAGAAAAUGCUAAUGCAUGAAGGGCUACCAUAG